CGAGCGGGGCGGCGCGGCUGGCUGGCGGGGCCGGCGGCGGCUGGAGCCGGAGCGCGACGCCACGCGACCGCGGCUUCCAGAGCUCCGCCUGGCUGCCCCACCGCCGCGAGCCCUCCCGAAGCCUGGAGGAGUGCGGGCCGCCGGCGCCGGUCGUCGAGUCCUGAGACGGGGGACGCGCGCGGCGCCCGGAGCCUCCGCCGCUUCCUGCUGCGGGCGGGCGAGCGGCCUCCUCCGGCGCCUCCCUCCCUUCUCUGCGGCUCCUCAAGAUCCCGAGCCCGGGGGCGGCCUGUGGCGCGAGGCGCCCGCUCCGGACUGAGCGUCUUCGGACCUUAAGGGGAACAUGCAUUCGGCUUGGACAGUUUGAAAUUCUUAGUUUGGGGGCCCCGCUCGCUUGCUUUUUCCACCCGGCGGAUUUUUUUUUGAGGAUUCCCCCCCUCCUUUUUUUUUUUUAUUUUCUCCCCUCGGGGCUCUUUUGUGACUCUUCACCCCCCCCUCCAACCCCCCGCCUUUAUGUUCGCCCAGCCCUCCACCCGCUUCUGAGUGGUGGGGGAGGGUCUCGGCCUCCACGUUCCCGCCCCACCGGGGCCCCGGCGAACAUGGGGGGCAAGCAGAGCACGGCGGCCCGCUCUCGGGGCCCCUUCCCGGGGGUCUCUACGGAUGACAGCGCCGUGCCGCCGCCGGGAGGAGCGCCCCACUUUGGGCACUACCGGACGGGCGGCGGGGCGAUGGGGCUGCGCAGCCGCUCGGUCAGCUCGGUGGCGGGCAUGGGCAUGGACCCCAGCACGGCCGGAGGGGUGCCCUUUAGCCUCUACACCCCCGCCUCGCGCGGAACCGGCGACUCAGAGAGGGCGCCGGGUGGCGGAGGGUCCACGUCGGACUCCACCUAUGCCCACGGCAAUGGUUACCAAGAUACCGGCGGCGGUCACCAUAGAGACGGGAUGCUGUACCUGGGCUCCCGAGCCUCGCUGGCGGAUGCUCUACCUCUGCACAUCGCACCCAGGUGGUUCAGCUCGCACAGUGGUUUCAAGUGCCCCAUUUGUUCCAAGUCUGUGGCUUCCGAUGAGAUGGAAAUGCACUUUAUAAUGUGUCUGAGCAAACCUCGCCUGUCCUACAAUGAUGAUGUGCUGACUAAAGAUGCGGGUGAGUGUGUGAUCUGCCUGGAAGAGCUGCUUCAGGGGGACACGAUAGCCAGGCUGCCUUGCCUGUGCAUCUAUCACAAAAGCUGCAUAGACUCAUGGUUUGAAGUGAACAGAUCUUGUCCAGAACACCCUGCUGAUUGACCCUGCUGGGCCUGCUUACGGACUCCUCUCAAAGGGACAGCCAGCCCCUGUUCCUGAGAGGAGGUUCCUCGGACACUGGACAGAGCUGAGCUUGGGACACCAGAGAGAACAGGGCACCCUUCUGCACUGACUUCCAGAAGAUGGUCCUCGAUGAGGGCACCCAGUGGAUGAGAGCGAGUCUCAGAGAAGAAUGAAUUGACCUCUGUCCUCCCUCACCCUCCACCCAGGAGGGAAAGGGCAUUUUCUUUUUCACCUUUGAAAGGCGUGUGGGUCUGUCUUUAAAAAGUGUUUACAAACAACAAAAAAUUCUAUAAAAAAGUCUCGUGUCGACUGGUGUUUUCCCUUGUGAUGUUUACAGACUGCUGUUUGCUGCCUACCUAAAACCCACUCAGUGACAGAAGCAAGCAUAGCCAUGGCCUCACCUCUAGCGCUCUGAGGGCAGGCGGGCGGGUGGGCAGGUGGGCACAUGUCACUUACUUUGCCCAACAUCCCAGUUGGCUCUCUGCAUCAUUAAACUUUCUACCUUGGGGGAUUCAUUUUUGUUUUCUUGUUCUGUCCCACUUUUCUGGCUUGGUUUUGCACUUUUCUCCCCUUAAAUUUCUGAUAUCUUGAUUUCCUUGCCAAAAAAGAGGAAGAUGAAGAGCCCAUCCCAGACACUUCCCCUUCCAUCCCCACAUCCACCCUACCUUUCCUUCUGGAUCUGAUCCCAUCAGAGGAUUUAACAAUCGCAAA